UUGUAUUGCGGAAUUGAGUAAUAUAAUAGGGAUAACCAUGGAUAUAACUUAGAUCCAACGACUGUCAUUAUACUUCUGUUUUCAUAUUUUUUCCUUCAAAAAAACAAACAAAAAAAAUUCACUAGUACUCUGCACCGCGCUCUCUUCCAUUGAAGCGUGCUCUUAAUUUUCCAUUGAAGCAACUUUCGAGGUAGAGAAUAUGGCAAUUUCUGAUGAUGAGAUGGAGGAGUUGCCGGAGUCAGUCACAAAUUAUUACUUUAUUGAUGAUGGUGAGGAACCGAUUUCAUUUUCGGUUCUUCCUGUCAACUGGAAUUCAAGUGAGACCGAGCAGGGGCCGGGAAGCCCGAUAUACGUGCGUGGUAAUGCUGAUGGUGGGCUGGAUAAAAUCUUUAAGCCUGUGAAAGCUUGGAAGUUUGAUUGCUCUGGAGUAAAACCGGAGAUAUCGGUUCUUUCUAAGGACAACAACUGGAUCAAACUUCAAAAGCCUAGGCAAAGUUAUGAGGAAUAUAUUAGGACGGUGUUGAUAACCGUGAAUUUUCUUCAUGUUGUAAAACGAAAACCAGAAUGGACUUGGACGCGUGUGAGGAAUAAGUUAUCGGAUAUUUUCUGCUUGUAUGAUAACAUCCCUUCUACAAAAGACCUCGCUCAUAAUAGGGCUUUGAUUGAGCAAGCUGUGAAGCAUGACGAAUCAUUAAAAACAUCAAAGUGCUUAAUGGCAUUUCUUGAGAGAAACCCGCAGAAGAAGCAUAAAACUGACGAGAAUGUUUUAGCUAAAGGAAAAAGUGAGUUUGUGGUUAGUGAUGAUGAUUGUUCGUCAGAUGAUCUCGAGGAUGGUUCUGGUGAUGACGAAGUUGGUUCUGGUGAUGAAGGUGGUUCGACUGAUGAGGAAGACGAUGAGCCUUUUGAUUCAGUUUGUUCCUUAUGUGACGAGGGAGGUCCCUUAUUGUGUUGUGAAGGAAGUUGCAUGAGAUCCUUUCAUGCUACUCCAAGAGCUGGUAAACCGUCAAAAUGCGUCUCUCUUGGUUUUACCGAGAUGGAAGUGCAGGCUUUGCCUUAUUUCAAGUGUCAAAAUUGUCAGUAUAUGCAGCAUCAAUGCUUCGCCUGUGGGCAGUUAGGUUCUUCUGAUAAACAGACUGGUGCUAAGGUGUUUCAAUGUAUUAAAGCAACCUGUGGAUACUUUUAUCAUCCCCAUUGUGUUGCAAAACGGCUACAUGGGAAUCAUGAAGAUGCUGCUAAAGAAUUUGCAGAGAAGAUCGGUUUGGGAGAGUCAUUUACUUGCCCCCUUCAUACUUGCUGUGUUUGUAAACAAGCGGAGGAUAAGAGUAACCCUCAACUGCAGAUGGCUGUUUGUAGACGUUGUCCAAAGGCAUAUCACAAAAAAUGUUUACCCAGGAAGAUAGCUUUUGAAGAAGAUGAAGAUGCAGGCAUUGAACAAAGGGCUUGGGAAGGCCUAUUGGUAGACCGCAUUUUGAUAUAUUGUUUAAAGCAUAAGAUUAGGGAUGAUUUAGGGACUCCUUCAAGGGACCAUAUUAUUUUUGCUGGUGUUACAAAGAAGGAGACAGGAUCCUCUGUAGGAGUUUUGCAGGAAGAUAAAGUUGCACUAAAAAAGGAAAUUGCUUCUUUGAAGGCACCUUCUCCGGCUUUAUCUGCCAUUGCGUCUAAGAAAAAGACUGUUGAAGACAUUGAUUCCGAUAAAAAGAUUGAAAGAAGAGUUCCUAAAUUGCAAAAAAGUAAUUUAUCCAAGAAGAUAACGUGUGAAAAAAAAUCUGGUUGGACAAACAUUGAUGGAUCUUUUGCAGUUGAAGAACGCAAGUGUUUCAAGCCUUCCCAGACUGAGAAACUUGCAGUAGUUGAAUCUUCUAAAACAAGUACAUCUGCAGUGAACAGUUUUGUGCCAAAAUUAGAUUCUGAUUCUGAAAGAUGGAUUCUCAAUUUGAUGAGUGAAGCUUCGUCUAUAAUCACUUUGGAUGAUAUCAUUGCAAAACAUGAGAGUUUAAUUUCUAGCCGUGUCUAUAAGCGAAAAAUGGAUCCCUGUAAGAGUAUUACACUGGGGAAAGUGCAAAACUCAUGUGAUGCUGUUCGUGAUGCCAUUAAGAAACUAGAUGGAGGAAGCAAUAUUGUAGAUGUAAAAAAAGACUGUGAGCCAUCAGUUUUAAACAAUUUGAUCAAUUGGAAGGGCAAGCUCAGAGUUCACCUUGCUCCUUUCCUCUAUGGUAUGCGCUAUACUUCGUAUGGUCGUCAUUUUACCAAGGUUGAAAAGCUAAAGGAGAUUGCUGAAUUACUUCAUUGGUAUGUUAACGAUGAUGACACGAUAGUUGAUUUCUGUUGUGGAGCUAAUGAUUUCAGCCGGCUUAUGAAAGAAAAGCUUGAAACUAGAGGGAGAAAAUGCAAUUACAAAAAUUAUGAUCUUUUCAGACCAAAGAAUGAUUUCUGCUUUGAGACAAGAGAUUGGAUGGAUGUUCAACCUAAUGAAUUGCCAACGGGGUCGAAGUUGAUUAUGGGGCUAAAUCCUCCUUUUGGGGUUAAAGCAAGCAAGGCAAACCAGUUCAUAAACAAGGCCCUUCAAUUUAAGCCAAAGCUCCUUAUUCUUAUUGUCCCCCCUGAAACAGAAAGGCUAGAUAAAAAGAAACCUCCUUAUGAUUUGGUCUGGGAGGAUAAAGAUCAACUCUCUGGAAAGUCUUUCUAUCUUCCCGGAUCUGUUGACAUAAAUGACAAACAAUUGGACGAUUGGAAUGUUGUGGCACCCGUCCUCUAUCUUUGGAGUCGCCAAGAUUGGACUGCUAAACAUAUGGAAAUAGCAAAGAAGCAUAAUCAUCCGCAUGGACAGAAAAGAGAGAACAACCCCACAAAUAGGCUGGAUCGUGAUUUGUCAUUCAAAAAUCACGGUCAGAGUUCUAUAGCAAAGGAGGCUGACAAUGCUUCCCCACAAACUCAUUCACCUGAAGGUCUGAAGGACAGAGCUGUUGGUGGAAAAGAAGAUCUUAAGAAGCAAUCUGCUCGCAAGGAUCAUAGUAAAGACAAACAAGUAAAUGCUACCCCGAUGAAUAGCAAAAGUAAGAGGAAGAAUGAAAAGAAAAAGAGGCGCUGUGAAAUGAUGCGUGUAGUUGGACGGCCUGUUGAGUCCUCUCAAGACUACAAACGUCAACGUUUUUCUCCAGAUAUUCCUCGCCAUGAAGUGCCCCAUCACUCUCCUUUUGAUACAAGAGACAGAAGGGAACCCCACAAUUUAAGGCAUCAUCCAGGAUCUCCGAACUUUGAGCCUAUCCAUCACAAAGAGAGACGAUUUUCCAUGGAGAAUCCAACUUCUAUGUACAAGUCCCCUUCAAAUGUAAUGAUUGGAGGCCCAGUUCAUGAUCAUGAUCACCCAGGGGCUACAAAUUACAGAAUUGGGAAUCCUCACUGUCAUGACACAGUGGCAAAGUACCAUCCAAGAGGUGAUGUUUAUCCCAACGGGAGAGAAAUAUGGGAUGAAGAUGCAGGCCCCAUUCCCAAUUAUCACCACCCUCGUGGAUAUGGAAUGAACCAGUCUUACAGUGAAACUGCUGAACGGUUUGCAGCACCAACAUACAUGCCAGAACCAUCUCUUUUCCAUAACAGAGUGGAUCACAUGUCAGCUAUAAAUAAAUAUAGUGCUAGAUUGGAUGAACUGAGCCUUAUGAUGGGUGGUGGUGCUGGAUUUGCUCAUGGUCCUCCUGAUAUAGGCCCCAGGCCCACUGGUCCUCAAUUCUACAAUCAUCAUCCAGGUCCGAGGCAUGAACAUCCUGGCAUUCCAAUGGGCUUCAUCCCAGGUUCUGCCAAUCCUUACCAUCCUCAUUCUUCAUCUGGAGGCUGGAUCAAUGAUUAGAUAUUGCCAGCGUAUUCAACUGAAGUGUGCUGUGCAAUGACCCUCUACUACAUAACUUCGGUUUAGGGGCCUGGGUUUUUCUCUGCUGGGAGUCAUAAUUGUUUAUCAGGUGUAAAUAAUCAUCGUAUCUUUUUAUUUAUUAGCAGCAUGUUUAUGGUAGGGAUGUCAAUGGUAGUGUCCUGGAUCAAGUUUUAUCAUGACUGUCAUAUUGUACGGCUGCUAAUAAGUUCUCUUUAGAUGUUAAAUUAAUGUAAUUCCUUAAAUCUGGUUGUUUUUGUGGAUAUCAAUAUUUUUACCAUGUCAACCCUCAAUGAUUUUUCCAGAUUUUUAGUGAUUGGGUUGAACAAUACACUAAUAAAUUUAUAAAAGAAAUUGAUCGUAA